UCGGAUCCAGUCAGCGAAGCGAGGUUCUCCGGGCUCGCAGCUACUGCUGUGAAACGUCCCUGCCGACUCUGGAGAGGCCAGCGUCUCCUUUCACCAAGGGGUUAACCCGCGGAGCUGGCAGCAAGAGCGAGUCCGGUUGCUCGAACGAAGCCCAGGUAGAAGUUCUGUGCUUACAAAGAGGUUAAACAGAAAUUGACCUUAUUGCAUCCAUCAUAUCGCAGUCAUAUGAAACAGCACCCGCCUUCCAGUGAUCAACCUGGUGCCUCGAUGGCAAGUCGUGCUCAACUGAAGUACUUAGGAGGAACAGCCAUGCAGGAGCAGCGAGCACGGUGGGAAAGAAAGAGGAUUCGGACAGCAAAAGAGUUAAUUGAGACUGAACAGAGGUACUUCGAACAGCUGGAGUUAGUUGUAGUGUAUUUUAUAGAGAUUUUAAAGGCAAAGGGGACUCUGCAACCAGCAGCAAGAGAUGCCAUAUUUUGUACCUUCAAGUCCAUCCAUUCAGUAAAUAGGGCACUGUUGAGUUAUCUUGAAGAUGGGAAGAUUGGAUUGGGCUUUGACAACUUCUGUCCUCACCUGAAGUUGUACAUCACCUACACAGAUAACAUGGAGCACGCCUUCAAAGUCUUGCAGGGACAAAUAAAGAAAAAUAAACAAUUUGCACGAUUUAAAAAGCUUCAAGAGUCUCGACCAGAAUUCCAAGGGUUGACAUUAGAAGAUUUGCUUUCACUGCCUCGUAAACGUAUUCAUCAGUACAAGCAUCUGCUGCGAGAUUUGAUUGGAAACACCAACCCGGAUGAUCCGGAGUUCCAACAACUUGAAAAUGCGGUAAAGGCUAUUUCCGAAGCUUCCCAGUACAGUCAAGACCAAGCUCGGAGGCAUGAGAAUUACCUGCAGGUGCUAAGAGUGCAGAAACUGUUGAAAGGACAAAGGAGCAAGGUGUUGGCUCCAGGAAGGAGGUAUAUCCGUGAGGGCUGGCUGACUACUGUGCCACCUAAGGGUGAGGAGUUGAAACACAAAAUGUUCUUUCUGUUCUCGGAUAUGCUUCUGAUGACCAAACCUUGCCAUCCACUCCACCCCGUGCAUUCUGACAAGUUUGUCUGGCAGAAGGCCUACCCUUUGAUUGAGGGCACCGUGGAGAAAGUCUUUGGACACACUGAGAGUCGGGGAGGACUGAUUAGCCUAACCUUUCCUGAGGAAAAGGUCCUUGUAAUGUCGAAUGACCAAGAAGACAUCAACAACUGGUACCGGUGCCUGUCUGCUGCCAUUGGGCAGUUACAAUCCCGGUCCACUGUCAUCCAGAGGAAGGACAACCUAGCGAGAAGACCGCUGCGGUCAGCUGAAAGCCCGGCACAGAUGAAUGUUGCCUCACCUACCCCGAAAGCAGGCAGCAAGAGAUAUUUGAGUGAUCAACCGUGUAAGGAUCCAAGUCAUACCAAGAAUGACCAAAUGGAAGUAAAACGAAUUAAGCUGAUGCCAAAUCCCACUGUGAGGAGCCAGGUUUGGAAUCCUCACUGGAAGUGGGAUGUGGAUGGUAACGGAAGGCCUUUUUCUACAUCAGAGCUGGUCAGUCUGGAGUGUUUGACCCAAAGUGGUUCUCAGGCAAAGACUGUGUUCCAUAAAGGACAGCUGAAUAAAAAAUGUGACAAGUUUAUCGAUUGUGACUAAGCCUUGCGUUGCCUUAUGUUUUAGAACACUGUGUUGCUCCCCUGCUACUGGCAUAUUUAUUUAGAAGAAACUGUUGAUUUUUCCAGGUUCGAUGAGACUAUCUCCAAUGAAAAGCCUCCAGGAACCAGUUGUAUCAUUCUGUAAAGUUUCCAUGCGUCGUAAAGGGCUGGACUCUAUUCUGUACAAAGAAGAUGAGCUGGAACAUACAAUGUUUGAAGAAGGCUUGUAAUGUACCUUGAAUCAAAACUGAAACUGUUGAUUUGUACCUGACCAAACUGGCAGAGGAUGUUACCCUUGCAAUUUACAAACCCAAGUACUUUCCUUAUAUGAUUCACUGUCUGAUUCCUGCUGUAUUCUAUAAAGUGCCAGUGGUUCUGCAAGACAGCUUGUGCUUGGAGUGAAAGAGUCAAGCUUGCAGUUAAUGUUAGCUAACUGCUCUAUUUUAAAUCCUAGCAGGUUUAACUUUCAACCAUAAGCAGUUCAGUUCUAUGCUUCCAUACUGUUGCUUGAAUAUCCUGGACCUGGGGAUUGAGAAAUAACUGUUCUUCAUACCACUGCUAUAUUAGUGGAUGCAUUCUGAAUAAAAACACGGAAGUUUUUUUGGUAUAAACAAUCUGAGCCAUUGCAUGUUAGCAGAAGGCUGGAUGUUGAUCUGGAUUAGCACAAUUACAGGCGCAAUUUGAUAUCCAUGUAAAGGACAUUAUGAAUGGUGACGCAUUGCCACGAAGAGAGGUCAUGAGUGGUUGGCAUGAAUUGAAGGACUUUUGAAGCGGUUUAGAAUUGCGCUGUGCAUUGGAAUUUGAAACUGAGAUUUCAGCUAAAAGAUGGCACCGAUACUUGCGAUGUUAACCCUCAAUUGCCCCCACCUUUUGAACUCUUGGUAAGCAGCCAUUGUGAAUGGCUGAGAAAUUGUUAACACACACUGGCAGUAAUCCAACUUUGAAUAACAGAGGUUUGAUGCUUUGUGAACAUCUAAAUGUCCUGACUUGUGCUCAUGACACACCAAAGAGAAAUAUCCCCUGACUGAAAGCCACUUAAAUUGGCAUUGAAUUGCCAGACAUAUACCUAUGCAAGUGAUCGGUUUAGAACCUAAUAAAAAAAGCAGGCAACAGCAAUUUUGAUCAAGUGGGUAUGAUACUUGUGCCGUAGAAAAUACUAUUUAAUGAUCAUGGAAUGCUCACAUUGCAAGCCAGGACAGAUCCGCCUCAAACAAGGAACAAGUUUUAAUUAAUGCUUUAAUGAUGUGUCCUCAAUUAUAGAUCACUACUGAUUAUAUUAGCGUUAAUUGUUUUAUGUUCCUUACUUGAUCAUUACUAAAAUAGCUAUUAAUUUGUGAUACAGACUAAUGAAUAAGAAAUUUUUUUCAGAUAUUUUAUGAUCAUUAAGCUGAGAGAUGCUUCUCAGCAACAUAUGAGUUUAAUCUUUCAUUGUGAGUACCACUUAAAAUAAAAUGACAAAUUUUGGGCUUCUGUACUUUAAGGAAUUGCAGUGGGGAGAAAAUUAAAGAAAAUUUGAUGUUCUACAAAAUUACCUCUAUUUAAUUCAAAGCACAUUAUUUGUUUAAAGAAAUGUGAUUCUAAUAUGAUUUUUGUUUGCAAGGAACAUGAAGGGAAAAAAUCUUCAGUCAUCUUGUUGAGUGGUUUUGGUAGAUAUUGGCCAAUUUUGGCUGCACUGUUAUUUAAAAGGGUUUGAAGUUUUUGAUAAUCCCCCUUCCCCCAUCACUUAAAACGAAAAUAUAACCUCUGUUAAAACUGUCAGCUGUCCAGACAUGUUAUUUUUAAGAAGAUCCAUGGCUCCUUUGAGGCCUGUUCACUCAACUCGCACUUUUCUAAAAAAUGUUGAGGAAUCAAUUUUUAAAUAAAAUUUUGCUGAAAAAUAACAGUCAGAGCUAGCAUUAAGUUGCAGAAAUUGGUUUACAAUAAAGAUCGCAGAGCUGCUUCCAAUGAUACCUCAGUUUCUAUGACAAUUGUGAAGAUGAAAUUUUACUGAUACUGUUUAAGAGGAAUGAAGUUACAUGCAAAUUUUGUGUCAAGCUAUUUAUAUUAUUACUAAACCUUGCUCAUAAAUAUCUUUGAAAUGCAUUCAAAUCUUCUGUCUGUCUUGCGGUAUAAUCAAAACUGAUUGCUAAAAUGGUUGUCAGAUGUGUUGUGUCACGAAGUGAGGGUGAAUGCCACACCAUGAAGAGGGUAUGGAUUAAUGUUUGCAGCCUCCAACACAGUAGAUUUCUGGUUAAGGUCAGGCUGCUUGGAGAAAGGGCAAUGUUCCUAAGCAAGAGACGGAAGUAGUGGGAUGGAGCGGGUUGGCAAAGCAAGCUUGAGUUUAUGUGCAAACUGUCAAUAAGGAAGAAAUCUGCAAAAGAACCUCCUUGCUGCUCAUUUUUUUUCUCCAUGAGAUUCUUAAUUACUUUCACUAGAGACCUCGGUUAAAUCCCGACCUUGGGAGCUCUCCGAGUGUGUUCUCCCUGUGACUACGUGGGUUGGCCCCGGUUUCUCCCCACAUCUUAAAAAUGUUCACUUUGGAUAAAUUGCCCCUAGUGUGUAGAUCAGUGGUUGAGUCUGGGGGGGGGGGGGGGGCAUCGAAGAGAAUAGGGGUGGAAUAAUAAAAUUGGACAAAUCCAGGCUUAGUGUAAGAUGGUUGAUCGAUGUUCAGUGCAGACUUGAGGUGAAGCUUAAUUCUGUGUUGCAUAUCUCCAAGAUUUGAUAACCAAAAACAACCCAGGUUAUUUUAUUUACUAAUAUGAAUUACUUUUUUAAAAAGUUGCAUCAAACUCAAAUGAUGAACAAUUGAAAGAUGUUACUGGCCUUGUAAUAACCUGUUGAGUUACCAUUAAUGCACAGCAUGAUUUGGUGGGGAGGCAAACAGUGUGUCAAUCUUUAUUGCAAUAUGAUUUUAUGAUUUCAGUACAAUUGUGGAGCUAUUUUACCCCUGGUGAGGCUGCAACUGAAACAGUUUGCAAAUCUGGUCU